AUGGACCUUGAAAUUAUCAAGAAAACCAGACAAAAUAUACUAGACAGACUACCACUACACAUCCUCAACGCUAUUUUGUCCAAGAUACCUUUUAAACACAUAUUUUUGUUUAUUUCAUCCACCAAUCCAAUUAAAGUUUUUAGAUGGUCGGAAAAAAAAUGUGAUUAUCCCGAAAUUUCUAAAAUUGAACCUCGAUAUAUCUUCUCAGAUGAAAAUAUUGAUCAUUAUUUUUCUAACUUGACAAAAUUAGAAUUGAAUAAAUUGAAAUUAUGUAAAAUCGGAUGUGGUUUGUUAAAAUUAAAAAAUUUAAAACACUUCAAAAUGGAAAAUAACAACUUUGGUAGAUUGGAAACCAUUCAAUUGAACGAGAAAAUCAAACGCAUGGAUUUAUCAAAAGGUGAGAUUAAAAGCAUAAAAAAUAUGUUAUUUCCAAAUAAUUUGACAACUUUGAAAUUAUUUCAGAACAAAAUAAAAAUGUUUAAGAAUUUUAAUGGGUGUGAAAAUCUAGUCCAGCUAAAUUUAAAGAAGAAUUCUAUUUCAAAGAUUAAAAAUGUAUUCAAAUUUAACCAAUUAAAUGCAUUAUCGAAUUUAGAAGAAUUGUAUCUCAAUAGUAAUUGGAUUCAAGAUAUUGAAAGCCCUAAAAACAUGGCCAAUUUGAAAAUAUUAGAUUUAUCUGGAAAUCGUAUUGAAAAAAAUAAUAUUAAACAAAUUGAGAAUUUAGAUCAAAUGGUAAACUUAAGUUGGUUAAAUUUAUCAUGUAAUGAAAUUGAAAUAAUUGAAAAUUUAGAUCAAAUGAAGAAAUUAAAAAGAUUAAAUUUAUCAAAUAAUAAGAUUAGAAAAAUUGAAAACUUAGUCCAGAUGCUGAAUUUAACUUGGUUAGAUUUAUCAUCUAAUAAUAUUACAAAAAUUGAAAAUUUAAACCAUAUCGAGAAUUUAAAAAUUUUUAGUUUAUCAGAAAGUAAAAUUAAAAAAAUACAUAGUGAGUUAUGUGCCUCUCCAAUCAGCUCAACUUUCCAGGCCAUUUUCAUGCAAAAAUCACUGGAUGAGAGAGAAUUCGAAAUGAAUCAAAUUUUUAAAACAAAUAUCAAAGAAAUUUUAAUCAAAGAAGGCUUGAAAGAUUACGCCAGCAAAUACGUUGAACCUUUAACCAAGAUAAAAUUCACCAGAGGGAAUCAUUUUAGAAUUAAAUCAGAAUUAGGCCUAAUUCGAAUUAGGUUGUUUUUUUCCAAAAAAAAACAGGCAUUUGAUAUACCCAAUUCAGAAACUUUUUUUCAAUCAAUCAAUAGUUCACUUAUUUUAAGAGAUAAGAUUGAAGAGAACAUUUCAAGUUUAAAUCCAAAUUUUCUAAAAAAAACAAAUAAUGAUGAUACUAUCACUGAAAUCCCCUUUGAUAAUGACACAACUGGACAAAACAGCACAAGUCUUCCCCAACAAGAUCCAAAUUUUAAUAAGUCUAAAACAGGAAAUGCAAUUGAAGAAAAUCCUAGCCCUAUUCUAAACAAUGACAUUUGGGGUCAAUGUCUUCUUACCCUUAAACUGAUCAACCAUUUAUUUACCAGUUUCAGUCCUUUUUCUAUAUCCACAAACUCUUCACGUUACAAAGCAUUAAAAGAAGUGUACAAUGAAUACCUUCAGCUCCAAAAAGAUAUUUUGAAGCUAAGCAAGGAAUCAGAAAUAGUAGAAAAUAUUAAAGAGAUAAUGUAUAGCUAUAAUGAUAUUUUCAGCUUAAUUUUAUCCCAGUACAAAGGCUUUACUAACUUUGAACUCUAUCAAACUCACCAAAUGCUCAAUGGAUGGUACUACGCCCAGCUCUUUAAGGAUUACUUGGAAAUAAAAGAUAUUUUGAAUCUAUCCUCAAUUCUUGAAAAAAGGGCUUUAAACAAAGUAAUAAUUAAUCUUUUUAAAUACUUAUCAUUUAAUAAAAUGAUGGAUAUAAUGAAAAUCAAAUUUACUAAAAAUAAGGAUCUAAUUAUUGCAAAAAGUAAAGGAAAUUUGGAUAUCAUAGAUAUACUCAUUGAAUAUUUUAUAAUCAGUCAAUGUUUGAUUUUUGUGCCCUGUAUAUAG